AUGCCAAUCGAACAAAAAUAUUUUUCAUUAUUUUCAAAUUUAUUUAAAAGAUUAACAACUAAUAAUAAUAAUAAUAAUUAUUUAAAAAUGGCUCCACCAAAUUUCGAAACUUUCAAAGUUAAAAAAUUAUCAGAUAAAGCAAUCAUUCCACAACGUGGUUCAAAAGGUGCUGCUGGUUAUGACUUAUCAUCAGCCCAUGAAUUAGUUGUUCCAGCUCAUGGAAAAGCAUUAGCAAUGACAGAUCUUCAAAUUGCAAUUCCAGAUGGUACCUAUGGUAGAAUUGCACCAAGAUCAGGUUUAGCAUGGAAAAAUUUCAUCGAUUGUGGUGCUGGUGUUAUUGAUUCAGAUUAUAGAGGUAAUGUUGGUGUAGUUUUAUUCAAUCAUUCAGAUGUUGACUUUAAAGUUGCAGUUGGGGAUAGAGUAGCCCAAUUAAUCUUUGAAAGAAUCGUUACACCAGAACCAUUAGAGGUUGAUGAAAUUGAUGAAACUCAAAGAGGUGCCGGUGGUUUUGGUUCAACUGGUGUUAAAGUUCAAAAUUAA